CGACCCCCAACCUAAGGAAAGAAUAGCGUAAGGUGUCAAAUGCCUUGUCGGGUUGCGGCGUACCGCGGCUAAGUUUAGCUGGGAGAUUUGUUCAAAUUCGUGCCAAACAAACUGAUUUAACGUUGCAUCACUGAGCUAACAGCUUGUCUCAGGUUUUAUUGUCAGAAAGUUCUGCUUGCUAAGGAAGUGAAAUCAAGCUUGUAGUAACUGCCGGGUGGCUCAAAGAAAUCAGAUCUCUUCUAGUCUGGACUUAAACUUUUAUUCGCCAUGCCUCGUAUCUUGGGAGAUCUGUCGGGCGAGACCGUCAAGCUGGUGCACAUCUUCGACUUCAGCGAGGGCUGCUUCGAGCGGUUCCGGCCGGUGCUGGGCUCGCCCUACGCCCAGGAGCUGGAGGCGUGCGCCGGGACCAUCACGGCCUCGGUCACCUGCUGUCUGUACGACCCUGACGUCCGGCUGCACCUGGUAGGGUCCGACAACAAGGGGUACGUCCUCAGCACGGAGAAGAUCGACACGGACCAGGACAGUCUAGCCGUACAGCUCACCGACGUGUCCGGCAUACCCUCGUCCUACCGCCGGAAGGCCACCUACAACAUACGGCGGUGGGACCUGCUGGUCUGCGCGCUGUCCCGCGGCAUUCUCCCGCCCAUCUACCCCAGCAACAACCUACCCCUCUUACAGGUCACGCCCACUCUGGGGGGAGGGGAGGGGCAUGGGCUCGUCUUCACCAACUGCUUCACGGGAAAACCUGCUCAUGUGACCACAGACCAAUGGGAAUCACGGCUUCGAGAUUCACCUGUUCUGAAAGGUAUGCUGACCCUGGCCCGGACGUGUCGGGAGCGCUGGAGGGUGGUGGCCGAGAACGCGGGUGGGGCCCUGGACGCCGCCUACCGGGGUUCUAUAGAAGCGUUCUGUGCAGGCCAGUCCAACCUCACAAACGUCAUCUACUAUGUUGAUGUCUUCUGUGAAGACCUACAGAUUGGACUCUUCGGGCCGAGGUGUCAGGGUUACGUCGGCAGAGUUAGCGAGGGAUCAACACUGGCACAGCAGAUGUCCUGGCACUGCAGUAAACACGAGGAUCUCCUAGAGGCGCUGCUGCACAGCUUGCCGUUCUAUCGUGAGGACGGGCGGCCCAACUUCGUGGUGGUUCCUGUGGACUUCGCGCUGCCUGCGGAUGCCGAGGACGCCAGGGCCAGUCUCUGCCAGUUUGCUGCUACCUUUACUGAAGUCGGACUGAAUCUGCAGCCCUGAAGAACGUUCUUCAACCUGUAGUGCCGUGCUGCGGAUUUUUUUGCACACUGUCAUGACAC